AUGGUGAAGGAGCGCCUCGAAAUCAUCGAGACUGAUGAGGCCGGCAAUGUGACUGCAACUUACGUUCAAUCGUCCACCGACCGCGAGGGCAUAAGUAGGAUUGAUUCAAUUUCUCCCAAAACAGUCAAAUCGACAUGGCAAAAGACGCUGGACGUCUUUUUACCCGCUGGCUAUCCUCACAGUGUGACGAGUGAUUAUACGGAAUAUCAGAUAUAUGAUUCUGUCCAAGCCUUCUCCAGCAGCAUUGCCGGCCUCCUCUCCUCCCGCGCCGUCCUCUCCAGCGUAGGCGUAGGAGACGCCACCGCCUCGCCCACCGCCGCCCUCUUCCUCUCCAUCUUCCAGGAAUCCGUCGGCCGCAUCGCCACCAUCCUCUUCGCCCAUCGCCUCGGCACCGCCUUUGAGCCGGAAUGCAAAAUGUAUCGCUUGCUGGCGGACAUCCUCAACGACAUUGCGUUCGUUCUCGACUGUCUUUCGCCUGUGCUUCCUAAACCCCUGCGGAUUGCGGUCUUGAGCUUCAGCAGUGUUCUCCGAGCGCUGUGUGGUGUUGCUGCGGGCUCGGCAAAGGCGAGUCUCAGUGCGCAUUUUGCUCGCUGGGGCAAUUUGGGGGAGUUGAAUGCAAAGGAUUCCAGCCAGGAGACUGUCAUUUCUCUCCUGGGUAUGCUGGUAGGUACGCUGGUUGUUUCGAGAAUUUCUACGCCGACUGCGACUUGGACCACGCUCAUUAUCCUCCUGGCGGUGCAUCUGGAGACGAAUCGAAGGGCUGUGCGGGCGGUAGUGAUGAAAACGUUGAAUCGGCAGCGGGCUACGCUCGUUUACCAUCACUUGAAGCAAGGGAAGGUUCCCACGCCGGAGACGAUUGCAAAUGAGGAGAUCAUCUUUGAGCGGGACGGUGUGCUCAGGCAUGCAGACGGGCGGCUACUCGGGCAUUGUGUUGUUGGAGCGUCAAUGUCGCAACUGUUGAGCGGCAUCGCCCAGGAGACCGCCCGCACAGGAUCAAGCAAGGUGGACACCAACACCCUGUCGCAGCUACUUCAUCUCUUUCGGCACGAAAAGUACCUACUUUGGUACACUGUGACUGGUAGACGGGUGCACGUGAUUAUCAUUAUCAAAAAGGACGCUGUCGUUGCCGACAUCAUCACUGCCUGGUGGCAAGCGCUCGCGGUGGCCGAGGAAGUGGCAAAGCCCGGCGCUGAGACGGACAGACUCGAUCUUCUACAACGAUCGAUCAAGACUGCAGUGACAUGCCGCUCCACGUACGAAGAUGGGCUGCGACUGGAGGGAUGGGAUCUGACUACCUCUGCUUUGGAGACAACUUCUAACACCCGAGUGAAGAUGGAAUGA